UUUUUUUAUUCCCCUUUUUUCUUCUUCUUUCUAUUAAUUUCUUUAUUAUUAUUUUUAUACUACCCCUGACUACCUUUCUUUUUAUUUGUUAAUCAUAAUAAAAAUGUCUGAUAGUCCAGCACCCAGUGUAAAAAGUAGAAUGUCUUCGUUAGCAGCAGCUGGUCUCGCUGGUGCAGCCGGAGCUCCUCCACCUAUUAAAAGAGCUACCUCUACUGCCUCUAAGACGCCCAUUACGAAAUCUACUGCUCCAUCGACCAAAGCAGCUACGGCAUCGACCAAACCCACUGUUCGUACUAGUGUGGGUUCUACUGCUACCAAGCCCAGCAGCCCAAUUCGGGCUUCCAAAACGCCUGGUAUUACACCGGCUACGAGAACACCUUCUACACGAGGAACAGUAACUCCAGGCGUGGCCAGAAGAGCUUCUGUCACCUCGACUACUUCUACCACACCUAGUUUAACAAGAAAGUCGACUGUUCCCUCCACAACAAGUCGUGCCCCCUCGACAUCCACCGUUCCUGUAAAUGGCAGAAAAGCAACCUCACCUACCGCUUCCACCACUCGCACCAGAUCCGUGAUUGGCUCUUCACCCAAUACAGCUACGCCACCUACGGUUCGUAGAACUGGAUCAGUUGCCUCUGCUACUUCUGCGAGAUCAAGCACUGCAUCUACCACCACAAGAAGUCCUGUCAACGGCUCCACCGCAACCACUAAAUCAGCUGAGCUUUUGGCGGAGUUAAAGACUUUGAAGGAAAAGAAUGAGGAAAUGGAAAAUUUAUUAUCUGAGAAGCAAGCGUUAAUUGAUUCAAAGGAAUCUGAUUUAAUUGAAUUAAAGGCAAGAUUGGAAAAGGUUGAGACCGGACUUGCAACCCCUGAGGAAUCAUUACCGCUCGAGGUGAUUAGUGAAGAAAAGGCAAGCGAAAAAGACAGCGCUGAAGAUGAAGAGAAGGAGGAGGGGGAGCAAGUGGAUCCUGUCGAAGAAGAUAAGAAGGAUGAGGAAAUUGAAUUAUUAAAGGAACAAAUUCAAGCCGCCGAAAAAGCUCGCGACGAAGCUAUUGAAAAGUCAAAGGAAACCAUCACUUUAAUGGAGGAAGAACGAGUGAGCUUAACAAGACAGCAAGAAGAGGCUGAAAUGGUUUUGAGAGAUAAUAUGGAGAAUUUGAGAGAAAAGUUGGAGGCUGAAAAGCAAGAGCUUUCGAGUCGUAUUUUGGAAAAGGAGAAUGAAAUGUUCAGAUUGAGAAAGGACAUGGAUGAGCUUCGUGACAACAUUCAGGAUUGAACAAUCAACUCAAUGAACAACAUAGCACUCAAAUUAGCGUUCUGAAGGAAGAUUACGAGACCCAGCUUAAAGGAUUGCAAGAAACCUUAACCAAGUUACAGGAGCCUAAUCUCGAAGCUGAAAAAAUCGUUCAAGAACAAAAAGAAGAACUAUUAUCUAAAAUACAAGAAUUAGAAUCUCUUUCUUUAGAAUCCAAGACCGGAUUCGAACAAGAAAUUUCCGAGUUAAAAUCACAAGCCAGUGCUCAAAUCGAAGAACUUGUUGCCACUCAUCAAAAUCAAUUGCGUGACAUUGAGGCCUCUUUAAAGGAAG